AGCCAUUUGCCCGCCUUCGAGCGCGUGAAGCGCGCAGAGAGGGGGCGAGGACGGUCCACUUUGGGCCGCCUCACUUUCCAGACCCAAGCAACCCGCUCCAGAAUGGCUCCGGGCGGCGAGUUCGGGAUGACUCGGAGGGAGCUGGAGGACGCGGCAGGGGCGGAUUUGCGGCACCACCUGGGCCGCAAAGUGCUCUCGUCCAAAGAUCCGCGCUAUGCGUCGGCGCCCUCCUUCUCUUUUGGAGGGCGAUCCGUGAAUGAGUUGAACACCUUGGCCAGCAACCGGAGUUUCUUCUGUAAGACAGGCACUCACCGAUGUCAAGAUGGCGAAAUCCUGAACGACCAUCUCCGGAGGCGGGACGACAAGAGUCAGAUCAACCUCCGGUCAAGGGGACGGCAGUGGAAGGCGCCGCCAGGUCCGGGAGCCUACCGAGUGCCCAGGUUCCUCGGCGACAUCGACCGAGUGCGGGAAGUCUCGAUGGCAAAGAGCGCCUGUCCGUGGCGGGCGCCCAGUUGGUCCGUGGGCUCGAAUUCUUUGAGGCCGAUGAUGUACCACACGCUGGGUGGCUCCGGCCACUGCCAGGAGCAUGAGGGCCGCAUGCGCCAGCCGACGCCGCGGAAUCUCUCGCCCGGGCCGGGCCAUUACUUCAAGGACAGCGACUGCGGAGUGUCCAUCUUUUCGGACUACGGGCGACCCCAAGGGCGCCAAGUAGUCUGAUGCCAACAGAAGUCGGCUCACGGAACUCCAAGUUACGGACAGAAGCCACGAAAAGAACGG